ACAAAAGAAACCCCCCACCUCGCUCCCACUCCCCCUUCCCGACCUUUUCUUUUUCGAAUCCAUUGGAGCCCACGAGGUCGUUGCCUCCCCCACCCAAAACCCUCUCUCUACCUCUGCUCUUCACUGAACCAGUGAGCCUCGUCACCUAGAGUUGGAUUGGAUCCUCGAAGAUUCCGCGCGAUCUCAUCAUCUCACUCUUGCUGCGGCCUUUUCUUUGCAAGGCUUUUCGCUUCUUGGAUCCGCGCAGGUGUGCAAGAAUGACAGUUCUUGGAGUUUCAGGUCCCAGCCGCUAAAAGACUGAAGAACGAGAACGCUCGGAGUUGGCCGCUGCUCAGUCUCGUCUUGCACGGCAGAAUCUUGCAAAUGGAUACGGCAAAGGGGAAGCUGAGGAGGUCGUCUUCCAGUCUGCUUCUGCGCAUCACGGACAUAUGCAAGGUGCAUUCCGUCAGCGUCGCGUCGGGCAUCGGUGAUAAGCUGAAGGCCGAUAGCACCAGGGAGAGCAGCGAAGACGGUGUACAGCUGAAGGUGCAUCCACACCAAGUAUCUGACCUUGAGAGCUGCUCUGGAAGCUCUACUACCCGUUAUGACGAAGUAGUUGUCGAGAAGCUUUUCGAUGCAAUUUCUGGUCUGAAGUUGGCUUAUGUCAAGGUUCAACAAGCGCAUGUGCCAUAUGAUCCUGAAAAGAUCGUGAUCACUGACGAGUAUUUUGUUUCGGAGCUUGAAGAGACCGCUGGGCUUAAAGAUCUGUAUGUUAGUGUGAACAAAUGGAGCAACCCAAUGUACCAGUCUCAUAUGAGCUCAAGAAUUCAUGAGCAUCAGAAGCUCGCAGUGGAGUUGCAGGCUGCCACUUGCAAGAAGGAUUCUGAAAUUGUUUUGUUGCGAGCAGAGUUGGAAGAACUGGAAAGGAGUAAUAUGGAACUGGAGGAGAAGAUUGAUGGGAGAGUGAUGCACAGACAAAAAAGUUUCGACAUUGGGAGGGGGGAAUUAAUAGAUAUGAUCAGUGAGUUGUUUGAGAGUUCAUCAAAGUGUAUACAUGAUUUUGCAAAACUCGUCGUCGGUUUGAUGAAAGUUUCUGGAUGGGACCUCGACUUCUCGAAAUUUCCAUUCAACCAUUCUGUUGUGUAUGAGAAAAGGGCUCACAAGAAGUAUAGUGUUGAGGCAUACUUUACUCGGGCAAUGCUUACGGGGACCAAAGAGGAGUAUUUUUCCAUGGAUUCUUUUGAUUAUGUUAUGAGUUUCAGGGAUCCAUUUGAUGCUCUUGUUGAGGCCCCAAAUUCUACUUUUGGAAGAUUUUGCCAAGAAAAGUAUCUGGUCGCUGUACCCAGGAGUAUGGAGAAUUCCUUCUUUGGAAAUUUGGAUCAUAGAGCAUUUAUCGAGAGCAGUGGUCAUCCAAGGACACACUUUUACCAGGCAUUUGCGAGAAUGGCUAGAUAUGUUUGGGCAUUGCUCACAGUUGCUCGUUACAUGAAGCCAAAAGCUGAAAUGUUCUUCGUCAGGAGUGGUGUUCAAUUUCAAAAGAAACACAUGGAAAGUAUACCAGCCAAGUUGACCACAGAAGAUGCAAAGGUCAGUGUUGGGUUUACAGUAAUGCCAGGGUUUAAGAUUGGAUGCACUGUCAUCAGGUGCAGGGUCUAUCUGUCCAAGGUCAAUGCAGGGGACUCCUAAACACAUCAUAUAACAACAUCAAUAGGUAAGCAGAACCUGAGAUAGCUUUAUAGUAGUUGUAUCGAAUAAGCCUGUGUUGAGAUCUUCCUGUAUUACAACUAGGAACAUAAGCUAAUAGAUGACUCAAAGUACUAACUUGUUGUAAAGUAUUAUGAUG